UUUAUCCCCCUCCGUGUUGCCGUAGCUUCGGCAGUAGCGUUUUCCAUUUUAGAACGUUUCAGUCGAGACAACAUGGCUGCUGCGGCAGGCCAUUAUUACGGUGACGGAGGCAGAGCAACAAAACGGCAAAAAACAGAUAGCGACGGAAUGGCUACGGAGGGUUACGAUGACCCACACAAGACCUUGCCCUCGCUUGUGGUGCAUGUAAGGGGGCUUAUUGACGGCAUUACCGAAGCUGACCUGGUGGAGGCGCUACAGGAGUUUGGCACUAUAAGUUAUGUUGUGUUGAUGCCAAAAAAGCGUCAGGCACUGGUGGAGUUUGAGGACAUGAGCGGCUCCUCUAACGCAGUCACGUAUGCUAACAGUAGUCAAAUCUACAUUGGUGGUCGGCCAUCAUACAUCAAUUACUCUACCAGUCAAAAAAUCUCUCGGCCCAGUGACUCCGAUGACACUCGGAGCGUCAACAACGUACUGCUUUUAACCAUCAUGAACCCCAUCUACCCCAUAACCACGGAUGUUCUGUACACCAUUUGCAACAACUGCGGCCCUGUGCAAAGGAUUGUGAUCUUUAGGAAAAAUGGAGUUCAAGCCAUGGUCGAAUUUGACUCGGUCCAGAACGCACAGAGAGCCAAAGCUUCUCUCAAUGGAGCCGAUAUCUACUCGGGCUGUUGCACCCUUAAAAUUGAGUAUGCCAAGCCAACUCGACUCAACGUCUUCAAAAAUGAUCAGGACACAUGGGACUACGCCAACCCUAGUCUGAGCGGCCAAGAUGCCGACGCAGAUGGCAAUUGGAACAAUUCACAAGACCCCAAUGCUAACCCAAACAAGCGGCAGAGGCAGCCAGCACUGCUGGGGGAUCAUCCACCAGAAUAUGGUGGUCCUCAGGCUGGCUACGGUCAUUAUGAUGACACCUAUGGACCACCACCUCCACCUCCCCACUAUGAGGGCAGACGCAUGGGACCCCCAAUGGGGCGUGGCCGUGGUGGACCCCGCUAUGGUGGGGCGCAGUAUGGACAUGGACCACCACCUCCAGACUACAAUGCUCAUGCCGACUCCCCCGUGGUCAUGGUUUACGGUCUUGAGCCCACCAAGAUAAAUGCAGACAGAGUGUUUAACAUAUUCUGUCUCUAUGGAAAUGUGGAAAGGGUUAAGUUCAUGAAGAGUAAGCCGGGUGCUGCGAUGGUGGAGAUGGGAGACUGUUUUGCUGUGGAUAGAGCCAUUUCUCACCUCAACAACACUACACUGUUUGGACAGAAACUCAAUGUCUGUGUAUCCAAGCAACAGGCCAUAAUGCCUGGCCAGUCAUACCAGCUGGAUGACGGCAGUUGUAGUUUUAAGGAUUUCCAUGGGAACCGAAACAACCGCUUCACCACAGCUGAGCAGGCAGCCAAGAACCGCAUCCAGCAACCCAGCAAUGUACUUCACUUCUUUAACAGUCAGCCAGACAGCUCUGUUGAAUCAUUUGGCCAGAUUUGUGAUGAGUUGGGAAUCAAGAGUCCAAGCAGUGUCAAGCUGUUCACAGGCAAGAGCGAGAGAAGUUCAUCUGGGCUGUUGGAGUGGGAAACCGUAAAUGAUGCUAUGGAGGCUCUUGCUAUGAUAAAUCACUACCAGAUGAAAAACCCUACUGGGCCUUACCCGUACACACUCAAACUGUGUUUCUCAACUGCACAACAUGCGAAUUGAACCCACGAUGACCAUUAACUCUUGAUGUUCUGUGACCUUUUUGAUGCCCAGCACCCCAAGCAUGUCUUAAUUCCAGACCUUGGAUGGAUAAAAUGUUAAUAUCUCUGUUUCUAGAAUAACAACGUACUCAACAUUUUGUACCAUUGUUUAAUUUUUAAUUUAGUAUUUUUAUUGCUAUUAAUAUUUUUUUUUAUUGUCAGUUGUCCGGUCUUGCGUAACUGUACAUUUGUGGAAAACGUAUUAAAGACGUCAUUGUGAACAGUC